CAAAAAUAAUCCAAAUACGUGAUACAUAAAAAGAUACCCUCCCUCGAUAUAUGAUAACCAUGUAUCUACAUUAUGAUAACCUAUCAAACUCGACGACAAACACGACGACAUCAAUUUUCCGAAAGGUUAAAGGUCAAUCUUCUAAGAAGGAACUUGUUUGCAUCUACACUACUUCAUAGCCGGCCGUACUUCACACGUAUUAUUUGUUACUCCAGAGUAAACUUUAUGUGUUGAGUGUGUCCAUGUUUGAUUAUAUUAUCUUUUUUUUUAACUUCCGGGACAACGUCGUUUUAUCCUCUCAAGACAAAAAUUGUUAAUAAAUUAAUAACAAUUCAUAACCUGUUAACGAAAAUUUCCAGGCCGCCAUUUGUACGAAUUGCUCGAGUUACUUUGAAAAGGGAAACUUCGUUUACAAUAGUAAUACUCUAGUCGUAUAGUGUGCAUUUGGUAUAUUUAAUAAACACUUAAAACUAAAAUAUUCUCCUUAUAUAUUUUAUUAACAUUUAAUAUCAAAGCAUAUUCCUUAUAUAAUUAAUUAACCCUUAAUACAAAAACAUAAAAACAUAAAAAGUAAACCCAAAGUACUAAACCAUAUAUCCCCACUGUUUUUAUCCUGAGUAUUGAAAUCUACCCUUUCCUGCGACAUUUACGCUUAAGAACUCGUAUUCCAUAUACUGUUUCAUUUACCAUAAAUUUUAAAAUAUACACUCCAUCUUUGAAGCAAAUAAAAAAUACGCCUAAGCAUUAUUUUAAAGUAUAUGUUAGGGUGUUGGGCUGAUGUUCAUCAACCUGCGUCACAGUCCGUGGUUAUUAGGAAAUACUAACCGAGUUUUUCUUUAUUUUUAUCUUUACUCAAGUCGAUUGUAAAUAAAAGAGCUAUAUAUGGAAAUUAAUAAUUGAAGUUGGAUGACCCGUGAAGAAACAGACCUUUAAAUACAACAACUGACUCAUACAUUGACGUAAAUACAUGCACGUACAUGAUAAUAACUAUGUUAUAUGAAUAUAUUUUUUAUACUUAUGAUUAUGAAAUAAGCGACAUUUUGUUUUACAAUAAGUGAAAUUUUAAUCAAUUGUAAUGAAUUAUAAAAAUCAAGUUAUCGCAAUUAAAAUGUUAAAACUGUCCACGUUAAGUUAACAUAUUUUAUUUUUUUUUCUUUUUUUUUAUAUAAAAUAAUCCUAAUUGAUGUCAUUCAGUCAUCAAACUGUUGAUGCGAAGUUGAUUUGAUUUAACAGACUUGACUACAGGUAACUUCCAAAAACUACCGCAAUAUUACUCUCGCUCUACAUGAAGCUUAAACUACCUGUAAUGCAGGUAAAACGUAUAAACUUGCUACAGUGUUUAACUACUCAUCUGGAUCCACUACGGGGUCUAGGUUUAAACGGGAGAAAUUACUGCGUAAUAGAUUGAUUGACGUAUUUAAGUAUAUUUCGAAAUAGCGGUGGUUUCCCGGUGCUAUUUAUAGAUAAUAUGAUUGGUAUAUAAAUCAAGUCGGUACCCGAUCAUCGUUUAAACGACAAAAACAAGUGACCCAACCAAAGCACCCACGUAACGAAGAAAUACUAGAUAUAUAUUUUCAUUUCUCGAUUCAAAGGUAAGCUGACGUAUCUUUCAGAAUAUUGUUAUAAUACUGUUCAAAAGAAAAUGAUUGACGUAUUUAAGUAUAUUUAGAAAUAGCGAGGGCUACAGAAAAAAGUGGGAGAAAGGAGAACAAACCGUUCAAAAGAAAAUGACUGAAAAUUUGCUCUCUGGCAGAGUAUAUAAACGCAAUCAGAGGAAUAAAAAUCAGAAUGACGAAUUUCAUUAAACUGAGUAACGAGACCUAUUCCUCUUCGGCAUCAUCAGAUGAAAGAUUCGCAAACUUCAGUUUUUCACCAAAAGCCACUGGAGGGACCAUGGUCGUUUUUAAAGGCCUCAUGUCAUUGGUCAAUCCGAUUGGAGCGGAUCCAAUCAAGGCUGCUGUUAAGUUCUAUCGCAACAACAACGAUAAAACAGCAGCUGGUAUUUGGAACCGGAAAGCCUCGGCCUAUAUACAAAACGCUGUUAUUGGGGAGGCCUUUGCAACAAAUUUCAAAAACAUCACAUUCCCAAAAUGUUUUAUGACUACGAUUGAAACGGUGUCAACGUUAAAUAGACAAUUCAAGAUGACGGAUGGUCAUCACCGGAAGCUGAGGAAAAACGAACUUGCUUUAUUCGAAAGUUAUAUUGAUGGCAGUUUUCAAUCAUUCGUUGAUGACGAUGGCACUAUUCAAAAAGGCUGUCCAGAACAAUUGGAGGCGUUUUGUCAUUUUGCCUACCAUGAAUCACGCGGUAAAAUGAUAGUCACUGGCGUAAAGGGCGUCCGCGCAAACGGCAAGUUCCAGCUUACUGCUCCGAAAAUUCACUCGAUGGGAGGCAACUUCGGCCCGGAUGACAGCGGCCAGGAGGCCGUUUUUAAGUUCUUUCUUGGACAUAAAUGUAAAAGAAGUUGUAAAACCAGCUGGCGCCAUCCUCUCUCCUCCCCAUCCGCUUUCGACCUGGGGCGAAUAACCAGCCUGUUGUCAAUCAAUCAGAAUCCAAGAUCAGCAACACCGCCUCCGUCAUAUAAAUCAGUGAUUCAACUCGUUUGUGGAAACCAGUGCCACCGUUUCCUGAUGGGAGAUAAUUCUGUUGUUGUGUUGCCAGAACAUUAUCGUCAACAUUUACAGACCGGAAGAGAGUUAGAUAUAGCGGGCAAUACGAUAGGUGUGUCGGACGCCGUUAGUUCCCUGCAGUGUGGGUAAGGGCGUGGUCUACUUCCGGACAAAGUUUUAAUAAGUUUAUGUCAUGUUUCCAUAAUAGCUUUAAUUGAAAAAAAAUCGCAUUUUGUAAUUUUACUUUACGUCAGAUUAUUACGAAACUAUCGUACAAUUAAAAAAAAAAUAUUGCUUAAUCAUAAAACUGCUUUUAUAUUAAUAUACAGGUGUUAAGUGUUAUACUAAGCAUAAGUAUUUGUAUCAUUUUGGUACCGUGGACAUUUAUAAUUGCAAGAUAGGGGAAUGUUUAUAUAUGAAUGUGUGCGUGUGUGUACGUGUGUGCGAUAUCACUAUGAUGUUUUAUUAUAACUAUACAUUAUAUAAGGUUAUUAUCUAUUAUUAUAAGAGAAGAAGCUUUGUAGUUAUGUAAAUGAACACAUUGUACAUUGUAUUUAUAAUCUAUUAACGUACACCAUAGUUUUAUUUCUGAUUAACUAACGUUUAACAUUUGUGAUCAUUAUCUACCCAUAUCUAAUCGCUACUGAGGCGAACCAAAGCGGAUAUUGUAGUACGAUACUAAUAUGUGAUAAUAUGUUUAUCAUUAAAUAAAAUAAGA